UUGUCACAAAAUCUUGAAUUUCUUCAUUCCUGUGUACUCAAUAAUACAUUGCCAUGGAAGCUAUGGCGGAGAUCAUCGGUUCAGCUCUAAUAGAACCUUUUAAACUUGUAUCUGGAUCCAUCUAUUGUACAAUCAAGAAUCGUUUAAAGAUCCAUUCAAAUUACAAUCAUCUGGAGAGAGACAUAACACUUGUAUUGGGUCUCAAGUCUCGCUUAAGAAGUGGGGUAGAUGAUGAUGAGCUGCAGCAUCUGUUACCGACAACUCAAGUGCAAGAUUGGUUAAGCAGAGUUGAAGAAUUGGAGAAGAAUUUCAAUAAUUGUGUGCGUUCAAUUACUAGUGAUGCCGCCUCUUGUUGCUCACUUUCACUGCACUGCAAAUUGAGCAACAACAUAGCCAAACAGAUUGUGAAAGCAAAACAACUCAUCGAAGAAGGCAAACCCUUUGAGAACAUGAUUGUGGGUGUUGUUCCUGUGGCAAGGCCUGUUCAGUAUAUUGAGGUGACAUCAAUCAAAAAUCAACCCACAGCAUCAAGAAAUUUGGCCAAGAUGAUGGAUCUGUUGAACAGUGAAGAGUAUAAGAGGAUUGGUGUUUGGGGCAUGGGAGGUGUGGGCAAGACUACUCUUGUCAAGAAUUUGAAUAAUGAACUCACCAAACAUCAUCAAACCUUCAACAUCAUAAUAUGGGUUGUAGUAUCUCAAAACGCAACAGUGGAAAGCGUUCAAUCAAAAAUUGGUGAGCGAUUGGGAUUGCCUAUGAUGAAUAAAGAAGUGAGUAAAGAAAGUAUGGGCAGUCAUUUGUACAACAGACUUAAAGGCCAAAGAUUUCUUCUAAUUCUCGAUGAUAUAUGGGAAGGAAUCAAUCUGGAUGUUGUGGGGAUUCCUAAUGAACAUAGUGGCAGCAAAAUCAUACUAACCACCAGAGAUUUUAAUGUUUGUCAACAAAUGUUGACUAACAUUGACUUUCAAGUGGGUCGCUUGCAUCCCGAAGAAGCAUGGAAUUUGUUUCGUGAAACUGUGGAGGAGGAAGUGGUGGAUGAUGACCAAAUUAAGCCCAUAGCAGAGGCCAUUGUUGAAGAAUGCGAUGGAUUACCCCUUGCAAUAAUUAUGGUAGGGGCAUCAUUGAGGAAAAAGAGAAAGGUUGGGCUGUGGGAAUGUGCAUUACAUGCCUUGAAAAAAUCAGAGCCCUCUCGUAUUAGAGGUGUUGAAGAAAAGGUUUACAAACCCCUCAAGUGGAGCUAUGAUUCCUUACAAGGUCAGCAAUUGAAAUCUUGCUUUUUGUUUUUCUGCCUAUUCCCAGAGGAUUUUGAAAUUGAUACUUAUAAACUAGUUCAAUAUUGGGUAGCUGAAGGUUUAGUUGACGAGCACCAAAACUUUGAGCAACUACAAAAUGAAGUUCUACGUAUUGUUCACUGUUUAAAAGACUGUUGUUUGCUGGAAGAAGGUCAACUUGCAAAUCAUGUAAAGAUGCAUGAUGUAGUUCGUGAUGUUGGGGUAUGGAUAGCAAAAUCCUUAGAGGAAGGGUGUAAAUCUAUUAACAAAACUGGAAUUAGCGGGACGAGAGUAAUGAAGAGAGUGUUGUUUAUGGAGAGCAGUAUAGAAUUUCUCCCAAACAGCAACACACAAUGUCCCGAAGCAUCCACUUUAGUUUUGCAAGGUAAUUGGAGACUUUUGGAAGUACCAAACUCAUUUUUACAAGGAUUCCAAAUGCUAAGAAUUUUGGACUUGAGUGACACCAAAAUAAAAUUCCUGCCACACUCACUUCUUCAACUUGGCGAACUUCGAGCUCUCCUUUUAGAGCGUUGUAAUGAACUGUUUGAGUUACCAUCCUUGGCCACACUUGGAAUGUUGCAAGUGCUUAAUUGCUCUGCCUCUGCGAUCACUAAAUUGCCAGAAGACCUUGAAAAGCUAACGAACCUACGCCAGUUAGACUUAUCUCACACCUAUAAGUUGCGCCAAAUUUCUAGUCAGAAACUUUCUAACUUGUGUAGUUUGGAGUUUCUAAACAUGAUGGGCAGUGCUACCAAAUGGGGAAUGAGGAAAGCAAAUGACGAAAAUGUGCCAUUCGAGAAGUUGCUCUGUUUAGAUCAAUUAAUUUCGUUUCACAUUGACUUGGAAGACAUUUCUGAUGGGAGUGCUGAACAUGUUUCUUGGCUUGGGAGAAUUAACAGCUUCUUUGUUAAUGUCACUCAUGAUCAUAACAGAUCAUAUGGAACGUAUGCACCCAAUACAAAAAGUGUGUUCUUCUCUGGCUUUCUUUUCUCUGGAAAUGAAUCGAUUGGAUGGCUGUUAGUACAUGCAUUUUGCUGCGAAAUUAGGCACUGUAAGGGAGUUCAUCUCAUGCUUCACAACAUGGUUAGGAGUGGUCCAUUUCUUAACUUGAAGCGCUUAGUAAUAGGCGGCUGUUGCAUCUCUGUCAAGCCUUCGUCUCAAGGUUGUGUUAGUAUUACCCAAUGUGACUUGCUUCCUAAUUUGGAGGAACUUUAUUUGAAUAAGUUGACAGAAUUAGAAAGCAUUUCAGACUUGAGCAAUUUUCUUGGACGACUGAGUUUCACCAAGCUUAGAUCCAUAUGCGUUUUUGAUUGUUAUCAAUUGGAAAAUCUGUUCGCAAUGGAUGGAACUCUUCAAGAACUUGCAAAACUGAAAUCAAUCACGAUACGUAGAUGUAAGAAGUUGUCACAAGUGUUCAAAAACGCGUCCACUAACAACUUUGUGCCAAUGUUGAAAUCCUUGCAUUUGGACCGACUUCCUGAACUGGAAGAAAUAUGCAAAGCAGAUGAGUCAUGGAAUAGUCUAAAGCAGCUUAGUGUGAGGGAAUGCAGUAUGUUGGUGAAGUUGCCUCUUAGUGUACAAAGUGCAGUGAAUAUUGAGUCAAUAAGGGGAGAGCAAAAAUGGUGGAAUCAACUGCAAUGGGAUAAUCAAAAUCUCAAAAUGCACUUACACCCACUUUUUAAACCACGUGGUUAAACUUAAAGGGGGUGAAAUUCAACAACUUAGAGAUGCAAGUGCUUCAAAUUAAAUAAUGUCUUCAGCAUGGCUCAAAGUGCAGGUUGAAUUGGGUUGCAAUUGCUAAGUCUGAUCCAAUCAUCAAAGUCGACAAGUGUAUAAGAUUUGGAUAAGUGUUUGAUUUGUUUAUAGUUGGUGUUUUUAUUUUUCAAAUUUUAUGUUUAUGUUUAUGUAUAUGUGGUGUAUUGUAUCAGGGCAAAAACUAGUGUGAGACCGUCUCACCAUGAGACGGGUCGGGUCGAGUCAAUAUGCAAA